UUUUUAUUUAUUAGAUAACAUUUGAGUUCUUCUGUAAACAAAACAACAAAUAGUCUAGUUCGUUAAAGAAGAAAAGAUUAGAUGCCGAAUUUUAAAAAUGCCUCGACGUGCACAGGUUGUAAAGAACUUGAAUCGAUUCCGACUGGUGACUUUUGAUAUAACUGAUACAUUGUUAAAGUUUCGGAAACCACCCGGCAUCCAAUAUGCGGAGACCGCAGCUUUGAUGGGAAUGAAAGAUCUUGAUCCGGAUCUCUUACAAAAACAGUUUCGUAAAGAAUUUAAAUCUAUGGCAAAAAAGUAUCCAAACUUUGGUAGCAACUCAAAUGAAAUAUCUUGGCAAGAAUGGUGGAUGCAAUUGGUCGGCAAUGUAUUCAAGGGCGUGAAUGGUAAUUUAUCGUCAUCACAAAUACAGUGCAUAAGUAAACGCCUCUUUGAGCAAUAUCGUUCUAACGAAUGUUAUGUACAUAUUGAUGGAAAUUUAGAAUUAUUAAGCAUGAUCAGAGAUAAUUGCGAAUAUGUUGGUGUUAUUUCGAACUCUGAUCCCGGACUGGAACACGUACUGCUAGGUAUGAACAUAAGACAUAUCUUUGAUUUUGUAUCCACGUCCUACGACUUGGGCGCUGAGAAGCCGCAUAGCAGAGCAUUCCAGAAACCUUUAGAAAAAUAUGAUGUGCAAGCACAUCAAGCAUUACACAUUGGAAAUCUCUACGAUAAGGAUUAUUUAGGUGCACGUAAUGCAGGUUGGUCAAGUCUACUAGUUACACAAUCUGCUAGCGAAGUAAAGAAAGCGAAACCCACGCAUGCAUAUGGCAGUCUGAAGGAAAUACAUACUGCACUUGAAACAACAGAGAUUUUAUGGUAAAUAUAAUUUACAAUUAAGAGGGAUUUUCACAAAAACGAUAAGAUUAAAAUUUGAUAUACCACGUCGUGAUUAGUUUUUACUACAUAGUAAUCAUGCCGUUAAAUAAUAUGUAUUAUUAUGUACCAACUAUUUAAUUGAAAAUUUGUAAUAAAAAAUACAAUUUUAUUAGUAUUAUACAUGUAUAAAAU